AUGGAUUUGCAGCCCCAAACAGGCAACAACAUCAGUUUGGAAGCCCAGCAGCAAGUUGUUGCAUCAAUUUAUCCAUCCCUCGAGGCCUGGUCAUCAACAUCUUUUCAAAGUCCAACCAUCCAUGAAGUAUUGAGUGUAUCGUCUCUGGUCCCCUCCACAGUCCUCACACUCGUGCCUCAUUAUGAGCCCACAGUAAAAGGAAAUUUAUACCCAGAGCUUCUGUCUGUCUCUGAAGUGAAACUAGAGCCACAGCUUCCAGGAACUUCAUCUUCCACUUCUGGGUCUGCAGAGGCCCAAGAUCAAAACAGCCCAACUUUACCGCUUCCUUUGAGUGAUGCUCCUCCUGAAGUUCAGCAGAGGAAACCAUCGGAUGGACGCCCGCUGGAGGAAGGAUCAGUGGGUCUCAUUUUACCCAAAGAUUUCCCUAAUGAAGAGCCAGUUCACUCAGGUGCUCUGAACACAGCCUUUUAUGUGAUGAAGCUUUUAACUGUGGCACCAAGACCCUCAGGCAGCCUGCCUAUUAAUGCCGGACUGACUAACUCAGUCGUCAGUAAAAUAAUGUUCAUGUCACUGUUUCUCCUCUCUUCAGUCAAGUUCCUGGUAUUCCCACCUGAGUUAAGUGAAUCACCUCCUCCUUGUGGUGUGAAGGUGAACUGCAGCAUCCCAACUCAGCUGCCUUAUUUGCCUAAAAAUCCAGUGAACCAGACCGGAAACAUCACUGGAGGCUGCCCAGUUCCUGCCAGUGAUGGCCGCCGUAUUGUCGGGGGGACGUUGGCAGCUGAGGACACGUGGGGCUGGCAGGUUAGCAUGCACUGGAGGGGGAAACACGUCUGUGGAGGUGCCAUCGUAUCCCCCCAUUGGGUCAUCACUGCGGCUCACUGCUUUGUUGAGAACAACAUGCUGGAAGCUGCUGACUGGCUGGUGGUGGUGGACACGGUCAGCAUCGCAGACAGCUCUCUGGGGAAACGACACAGAGCGCUACAAGUCCUCCACCACCCUCGCUUUGAUAAGUUCAACAAUGACUACGACGUGGGUCUACUGCGCACCAUCACUGACAUGGACAUGACAGGUGGGGUGCGACCGGUCUGUUUACCCAGCUCCAGUGAGUCUUUUCCUCCUGGAUCGACCUGCUGGAUCACAGGCUGGGGAUAUAUUCAUGAAGGAGGUUAUGUUACAGACGAGCUGCGGCAAGCUCAGGUCAAGUUAAUCCCUCAGUCAGUCUGCUCCCACUCCAGCAUGUAUGGCUCGUUCCUCACUCCUCGGAUGAUUUGUGCUGGAUCCAUCAAUGGAGGAGUGGACUCCUGCCAGGGCGACAGUGGUGGACCCCUGGUGUGUGAGACAGCCAGUGGGGACUGGAGGCUGGCAGGUGUGGUGAGCUGGGGAGAGGGCUGCGGCCGCCGUAAUAAACCUGGCGUGUACAGCAGAGUGACCAAACUGAUCCACUGGGUCCAAAAAUACAUAGAGGAGAAACCAGAGCAUCUGGGGGAGGAGACCACCACAGCCAUGACUGACACCUCACCAAGACCUGAUACGAACCAAUGAACUGUACCUGC